AUGGGAACUCUUCUGGUAGCCAAUAUGGCCCCAGAAGGGCUGGACGUCUCCCACGCCAAAAAGCUUCAUCCAUUCUUUGUCCCUGGAAAGACCGUCGACGCCCCGAGACCCGAUUUGAGUACCGAUGAUCAGUCUCACAGUGUCGAAGAAAUAGCCCUGAGGAGCAAAGCCGUUCGAUCUAGAAAGCAGGCACGCGCAUCCCAGCAACCAUCGAGCGAUGUUGAGCCACAGUCGUCAGACAUAGGCGAGGACGAACAGGGUCGCAAGAGGCAAAAGACUGAUGCUAGUAACGCUCCUAGCUCUGGGAAGAAAAGAGGGCGACCCAGAAAGAAGCCAAACAUCCCAUCCGUUGAUAUAACGAACCUCUUUUCUCAGGUUAACGGCGUACCGUCGACUUCGCUUGCCAACGAAACACCACAAGCGCUUCUCCCCUUACCGAUGCCAAUCGACGUGGCUACCCGCCCAUUAAACCAGGCUCCGGUUUCUCUUUUGAACAUGAUUAAUGGCCCUUCAAAUACGGUUCCGAGUGCGGCGAGUGAAGCUCCUAGUGCUGGACAGGAACUCAGAAAGCCUACAAAGGUGCUCAAAUUCAACCCAAAGACCGGCACAAUUGGAUCGCCUCCAAAGCCGAAGCCAAGCGCUGCAGAGACAUCCAAAGGCGCAAAGUCAUCCAAGUCGCCAUCCAUGCCUUCUCGCGUCGUGACCAUCAAGUACGGAAUUGAUGCGGCGUCACGCGAACGCAUUGGCCCGAAAAUCGAGCAUAUCCUCUCGCAUCCUCCAAAACUUGACACAACUCCAACGAAAAUAACCCCCAGGAAGCCUCGUGCGAAGGCUCCCAAAUCGGAUCAGGACAAAUCGAAGACGAAGGAAACUCAUCCCCUGUUUCUCGGCAAAUCAAAGAAGGCUGCGAAGCCGGCGGACACGCUUUCCGCUGACCCCAAGCCACCUAGAGCCACUAUCUUCUCAUCAACCCCAUGCUCUCCUAGAAAGCAACGACCAGUCCCAAUAGCUGGCAAGGUGCAGCUUCCACAAUUCGGUGUUCGAUCUAUGGGUCUCAGGGUUCCUGGCGCCCGCCAUCCCGCAUGGCCAGCCCAAGGAAUGGCACAUGUCAGGGGGCUAACCGAUGAGAAAGAGCGCCUCCCAGUUGCCAAAGACACGCAGGUUUCGUCGCGAAAGUCAAAGGGUCAGACUACGAAUAUCUACCCCGGAGAAUCUGUCAUAGACCAGCUUGCCAAGUCAUUAAAUACCCUGAGUAUCAAGAAAUCCGUCCAGGAGGCAAUAGACGACUACGAGCCACCACCUGCAGAGCUCCGCCUUCCUGAGAAGCACUUUGAAAGCGGUCGCAAGCUUCGACAAAGGAUCAAGCGAGAGCUCCGGUCUGUACUGCCGGUUAUGACGAGCGCAGACAGCGAGGAUGAGUUGCUCACUGCGUCCAGUCGCAAACCCCAUCCUGCAGUUGCUCGCCUUUACAACAUGCUGGAAACCAAUCUCUCAGCUUUUGACAAGUCGCAAUGUGAGGAGCUUCCAUGGGCACAAAAAUACGCACCAAUCUGCGGAGAAGAGAUCCUUCAGUUUCAAGAAGGCGCUCUGUUGAAGGAGUGGCUGCAGACCUUGACCGUGCAAUCAGUCAACACAGGCGUCCUUACUGCAGAGCAGAAGGCCUCCGGUACGAAGCCUGGUUCGGCGACAAAGAAGAAGCGAAAGCGCGCAAAGCUAGAUGGAUUCGUCGUUUCAGAUGGUGAUGAAGCAGACUUCCUACCUGCCGUCUCGGACGACGAGGAUGAAUGGCUGCCGACACCUGUUCAUUGUGGUCCCAAGAAGACGGUAGUCCGCCGAGAUAUUGCCAAGGAUGCAAGUCGGCUUACCAAUGCAGUCGUUCUUAGUGGACCUCAUGGCAGUGGCAAGACGGCUGCUGUCUAUGCCGUUGCAAAGGAGCUUGGCUUCGAGGUUUUUGAGAUCAACGCCAGCAGUCGCCGCAACGGCAAGGAUGUCAUGGAGAGGAUUGGAGACAUGACGCAAAAUCACCUUGUUCAGCACAACCGCCAAGGCGGCAAGGGUGACGUUGGGGACAACGCCGAUGACAACACAGCGAAGGACAUCAAGUCUGGCAAGCAGGGCACCAUGACCUCGUUUUUCAAGCUGAAGGCGGCAUCCAAACCAGAGGCGGCACCCCUGCCCAAGGCGAUCGACCAGCCGUCCGAGGCACCCAAGUCAGCAAAAGCAAAGGUCCAGAACCAAAAGCAGUCGUUAAUUCUCCUUGAAGAGGUCGAUCUCCUCUACGAAGAGGACAAGCAGUUUUGGGCGACUAUCAUGAACCUAGUUGCGCAGUCCAAGAGACCAUUUGUAAUGACUUGCAACGACGAGACUCUCGUUCCAUUCCACAAUUUCAUGCUGUAUGGUAUCCUCCGCUUCACACCACCACCAGCACUCUUGGCGGUCGAUGUACUUUUGCUCGUUGCAGCCAACGAAGGCCAUGCUCUUAGUCGAGCAGCGGUGAGCGCGCUCUAUGAAUCAAAGGGUAAUGACCUCCGAGCAUCUUUGAUGGAGCUCAACUACUGGUGUCAGCUUGGAGUCGGCGACCGUCGAGGCGGCUUUGACUGGUUCUACCCGCGAUGGCCAACAGGCUGCGACAAAGACGAGAACGGUGAUGUCGUGCGUGUGGUCAGCGAGGGAACAUAUUUGGAGGGCAUGGGAUGGAUCAGCCGUGACCGAGCAGUGGUUCCCAGCGCGCGCGCUGCUGAAGAAGAGUUGGAACCCCUCGAUCCUACGCAACCAGACCUUCCUAUCAAAACACGCGACGACCUCGUUUUGGGUCGGCGCCUGCUCGAAGCCCCAUUUCAAAUCGAUUACACCUUAACAGCCACCACCAUCGCCACUGGUCUCAAAUGCGCCGCUCGACAGCUUCUCCAAACCGUGCCCUUACGAGACGGCACGGUAGCCAAGUUGGAUUGUUUUCGAGAGAACAGCGCAAUCCGUCAGAUGGGACAGUUCUUCGCCACUCCUCCCAGGGAAGAGGUCAUCAACCGCUAUGAUAUGGCCACGGCUUUCGAUCCUAUCGCUGUCUCAGAGAAGGCAGCGGCCACAGUAUCCACCAGUCUCGAGCCAUCGGUUUUUGACCGCACUAUGCGCAUGAUUACUGUCGAAGUAGCGCCGUUUGUGCGCAGCAUUAUCAGCUAUGACCAUCGCCUCAUGCAGAAUCGUAUGCAGCGAAGCGGUCUACUGAGUGAAGGCGGCAGGCCAGGUAAAAGAAUGCGUAGUACUCGUGCCGCCUAUUCGGCAUUGGAGGGUGUGGCGCGCGGCAACAUGCGCAAGGAGAACUACUUUGUCGCUGAUAUCAGCACAACCCUGGUCAUGCGGACUGCGGGAGAAGGCUGGCAAGCCGCUGUGGAUGAGGUUAUGAGCUCGAUGGAGCAACCGCCAAGUCCGGUGGCUCAAAGCGAGCCUUCCGUGGAAGAAGACAACACUCUUGUGUCGACUGCCACGGAAUAG